UGACAGCAUUUCUCUAUCAGUUACUACAAAGCCCGGAGGUGAUGCGCCUCCUGUCUCUACCACAGCCACCAGCACAGCCCAAGCGAUCAGCUCUAAAAGCAACGCAGGAAAUCCACCUUCUGCCCCAACUGUGCCUCCCGCCACGACUCAAGGAGUCAUGUCAAAAAGCAACACGGGAAGCUCAACAUCCAAACCCUCUACGUCUCCCUCUUUAGUCACAAGCCUUCCAAACACUUCAACAACGGUACCAUCUACUCCUGCUGUGUCUUCCAGCAUAGCUCAAAUGACCAGUCCUACAAGCGCCCCAGGGAAGACAUCGUCCACCUUUACUGUGCCUACCAGCACAGCUCCUGGGAUCAGCCCUACGAGCAAGCCUGGAGGCCCACCACCCAUCCCUGUUCCAUCGCCCAGUGCCAACCCUUCAGCCAGCUCAGCACCAUUGGUAUCCACCACUGCUGUGGUGUCCAGUGCACCUCAGCACCAGAACAGCCCUUCAGGCAGCUCACAAACCACCACCGUUGCCACAUCUCCCAGGGCAGCUCCAGGGACCCCUCCUUUGCUGCAGCUGCCCAGCACUGCAGCCAGCACCACGAUCCCUACGGGCAGCCUUUCUCCUGGCCUCAAGGAUCACGUUUCCUCCACCAAACCUGCCUCCCAGCAGCCUCAUUCUUCUCCCAGUUCUGAAGUCCAGGGAUCAGCCUCUUCCAUCAGACCUGGAAGUGUCAGCACUUCUGUUACUCCUUCUGCUGGAUCCAUCUCCCCCACUGCUAGUAAAACAUCCCAGACUUUAACACCUGGGAGUAUGGAUAAAGUCUCUCUGCCAACCACCACUCUGACUUCUGGUGCAGGUCAGACCAGCCAUGGACAAGGACCUGUGACAACCAAACCUGUAAUCGCUGCGCAUAGCCCAACCAGCACGCAGUCAUCGUCCCCAACCCCCGGGCACCAGACGAUGAGCAGCAGGCCUGGCCCUCAGCACCCUAACGAUACCUUCCAAAAUGAGGUCAUUUGUGAAGAUCAGAUGCAAAAUAGCUGGCCCAUCAUAAACCUUAAAGAAGCUAAAACCUGUGCCGAGUGGAAGGCAUUGACCCUCAAUGGCUCCUUGUUCAAGACCUUCUGCUCCACAGACCGCUACAGCUACGAGCCCGGCAGGGACAAGUGCACGGUGACACUGGCAUCCGCGGAGCCGCGCUCGCAGCGGUGGGCCGUGCGGGCCGUCGUGCACCUUCACCUGGACCCUGAGAAGGUCUUCAAGGAGCUGAAGGAGAAGAAGGAUGAGUUAGAGGAGCUUGGUAUCACCAACGUCACCUUCCACAACGAGCAGCAGGAGGAGGAGAUCAAGGACCGCUUCAGCACGCCUCUCAUCAUCACCAUCGUCACACUGGCCGGCUCCCUGCUGCUCGUUGCUGCCAUCUAUGGCUGCUGCCACCAACGCUUCUCCCACAAGAAGGACCAGCACCUGCACCCCGAUGUCCCCGGGUUUGAUGAUGGACAUGUGGCCCUGAUCUUUAAUCAGCGCCUGACCGAGGAGCUGCAGACCAUGGAGAACGGCUACCACGACAACCCCACGCUGGAGGUGAUGGAGACCUCCUCGGAGAUGCAGGAGAAGAAGGUGAACCUCAACGGCGAGCUGGGCGACAGCUGGAUUGUGCCUCUGGACACGCUCCUCAAAGACGAGCUGGAGGAAGAGGAGGACACGCAUCUAUAGAAGGGCGGGCGCUUGCGAGGAGAAGACAACCCCCAAGCCAGAGACCACGUCGCCCUCCCCAUACGCACACACAAGACCCCAACGCAAAGCAGAAUUCCCCUCCCAAGCCCCARAAAAUCCCCUGUGAGCUCCUCACAGCCAAGGUGGUGGAUGAGAAGGUCCUGUGUGGAUGAGCUGGAGCAUUGCUGGAUACCCCCAGAUUUUGGGGAGGCCUCGGGAAGCCCUUGGGCUUCCAGCAGCUCCGCUGCCUUCCCUGCCCAUGGAGUGCCCCAAGGGCGGGCUGCUGUGGUUGGCAGAAAGGGCCAUUUGUGCCCCAUUUUUGAUGCCUAGCAUUGGAAAAACACCAAAUAAAAUCAAAAAUCUGCCGGGAGAUGCCAGCAGCCACGAGCGAGCUGCAAGAAGACCUCGGCAUGAAGCAGCUCCCAACACCUCCUUUCCUUCUCCAGCCCUUUCAGGAUGAUCCCAAAGCCACUGGCUCCAACGCACAAGGUCCACGGUCAGACCUGCCCUGGGAGCUUCCCAGCAGCUCAUGCUGGGAAUGAGGCCCCAGGACCAGUCGAAGCCAAGAGGGAAGCUCGGGGAAACCCAAAAUAUUUAUAGAUGAAGGUCAGGGCAGUUGUGUCUCCAGCAGGAGAAGAUGCCAUCCACAGAGGACAGGGUUUGAACCUUCAAACCCAUCUAUUUUUUUAUGUAUAUAUUAAGUGCCGUUCGUUAGCCAUGUGCACCACACUAAGGGGAAGUAAUUUGGGAGGGGGAAACUAAAAAUAAACAAGUAAAAAGAGAUAAAAACAAGUAAAAAGAGAUGAUGAAGAAGAAGCAGCUGAAGGCUUUAGGCAUGUGCCUAAAAUCCCAUCGCCUUUAAUGAAUCAGGUCCAAAGACUUUCCCAAAGCCACCCCAAGAGCAGGGACUGGCGCUAGAGCAGCUCCGAGUCUCCAGGAACGGAGAGCAGGGAAGAGAUCGACUGCUCGGCAAAGUGCUUAUAACAAUUUAUAUUUGAAUAGGAAUUGUACAUUUAUUUAUUUUUCCAGACACCGUAUUUUUAAAAGCGCUGAUGUUUUAUAGUAGAUUUUUUUUUCUUCUUCCCUUAUUUAAAGAAAUACUGCCUGAAAACAAACAACAAACAAACAAAAAACACACACAAAUAAGCAAGUUUUUACGUCGAUACUGUUCUUUUCGCCAAACGAUCAGGUAGGAAAUGCAGCGAUGAUCAUCUCGGGCCUUAAUGCUCCCCUGGGUAGACUGUAGCCAUCACUGUUAGACCAAAAAGAAAAACUGACCCCAAUAUUUCCUUCCUUCUGCCCCUUUUCCCCUUCCUUUCUCCACCCUCUUCUCUCCCCAUCCCAAAACAGCUUUAACUCAAGACUCGCUGUACAAGCAGAUCACUGCUCUUACCUCCGGGUGAGACUUCUACAAGCAGCUCGGAUGUCCUCGUGAGAGACUUUCCCCUAUUUGGGAUCACGAGGAGCACGCGGAAAUGUCCGCACGUGCCCGGCCCAAGUUUCUACUGUGACUUUUCCCUCCGUCCGGAGCCGCGGUGGGAGCGCGGAGCCUCCCUGCUCGCCGCCCGCGUCUCUCUCGGGGACAGGAGUCUGAUUUACACUGGAACGGACUGAGAAACUGGAUU